AUGUCAUCUCCUGAGGAAACUUCUCAACUCAAAGCCGGUCACCCUCCUGCGGUCAAAGCAGGUGGUAUGAGAAUAACUCAACACAAAACACCACACCCAAAAGAUGUGAAAGAUGUUCCUUAUGAAGAUUUAACUGGACUUGCUGGGCCAUCUCCAGUUCCAUCUAAUCCUGUAUCAAUUGCUGGAGCUCCAAACAGAGGUAAUGCAGACUUCACUCCUCAAGCUGCGCAAAUCGCCCAUAGCCCUAAGCCUCCAGCUCAUAUUAAUAUCAAACCUUUUGCAAAUAUCCAACAGCCUAGAAAG